GGUUCCGGUACAGGGAUGCUUUCUAUUCCUUCUCCAUUCUUGUCUUCAUUACAUAAUAGAUUUCGUUCCAAAUACCUUCAUUUCAAUACUCUGGAUGAUGCCCUCUCUUCAUUUAAUAGAAUGCUUCAUAUGCAUCCUCCUCCCUCCAUCGUUGAUUUCGCAAAAAUUUUAACCUCCAUCACUAAAGUGAAACGCUACUCCACUGUGCUUUCUCUUUCCAGGAAAAUGGAUUCUUUUGGAAUUCCACACAAUGUUUACACUCUCAACGUCCUCAUUAACUCUUUCUGCCAUCUGAAUCGGGUGAAUUUCGCUUUCUCCGUUUUAGCCAAAAUCCUCAAACUUGGUUGUCAACCCGACACUGCAUCCUUCACGACCUUGAUUAAGGGCCUGUGUCUUGAGGGUCAAAUUGGCGAAGCCCUCCACUUGUUUGAUAAAAUGAUUGGGGAAGGUUUUCAACCCGAUGUAGUUAUAUAUGCAACAUUGAUAAAUGGGUUAUGCAAAACGGGGCACACUAGUGCCGCCAUCAGGUUACUUCGGAGCAUGGAGAAAGGAAAUUGUCAGCCUGACGUAGUUGUCUAUGGCACCCUCAUUCAUAGCCUUUGUAAGGAUAGACAACUGACCCAAGCUUUCAACCUUUUCUCUGAGAUGAUCACUAAAGGCAUUUCACCUAAUAUUGUUACUUGCAACUCAUUAGUUUAUGCUCUUUGUAAUUUAGGUGAGUGGAAACAUGUUAAUACGCUGUUGAAUGAAAUGGUAGAUAGCAAGAUAAUGCCAAAUGCAAUUAGUUUGACUACAGUGGUGGAUGCACUCUGUAAAGAAGGAAUGGUCGCCCAAGCACAUGAUGUCAUUGACAUGAUGAUUCAAAGUGGCAUGGAGCCUGAUGUAGUCACCUACACUGCAUUGAUGGAUGGACAUUGUUUGCGAUCUGAAAUGGAUGAGGCAGUUGAAGUAUUUGAUAUGAUGGUUCAUAAGGGCUGUGCACCUAAUGUUUUCAGCUAUAACACCUUGAUUAAUGGUUAUUGUAAGAUUGAAAGGAUGGAUAAGGCCAUGUAUCUCUUUGAAGAAAUGUGUCGACAAAAAUUGAUUCCCAACACCGUGACUUACAACACUCUUAUACAUGGUUUAUGCCAUGUGGGAAGACUCCAGGAUGCAAUAGCACUUUUUCGUGAGAUGGUAGCUUGUGGCCAAAUUCCUGAUCUUGUCACUUACCGCAUUUUAUUGGACUAUCUAUGCAAAAAUCGUCAUCUUGAUAAAGCUAUGGCUUUGCUGAAAGCUAUUGAAGGUAGUAAUUUGGAUCCUGAUAUACAAAUUUAUACUAUUGUCAUUGAUGGCAUGUGUAGGGCUGGUGAACUUGAAGAUGCAAGGAAUCUCUUUUCCAAUCUCUCCUCUAAAGGAUUAAAGCCUAAUGUUUGGACUUAUAAUGUUAUGAUCCAUGGGCUUUGUAAAAGAGGUUUAUUAGAUGAGGCAACUAAGUUAUUUAUGGAAAUGGAUGAGAAUAGUUGCUCAGCAGAUGGUUGCACUUACAAUACAAUUACCCAAGGAUUUUUAAGGAAUAAUGAGACAUGGAGAGCUAUUCAACUUCUUGAAGAAAUGCUUGCAAGGGGAUUUUCUUGUGAUGUGUCCACCACCACAUUGUUAGUGGGAAUGUUAUCUGAUGAUGGAUUGGAUCAAUCUGUAAAACAAAUUCUAUGCAAGUAUGUGCAGUAAAAGUUAUGAUUUUUAUCAACUCCAAACAUGGAAUUCUUGGAGGGUCCCACUCUUCUUUGUAGUUAAUGGCUUUUGAUUUUAUCAACAAGUUUUUGCAAGCAAACAAGUUUAAUAGAUCAAAAAAUCAUGUUGCUACAAGAGAUUGAUCUAGCAAGCAAGAGUUGACUUUCUGUUAUUUUCAUGUGUUUACUUGCCAUUGGUGUCCUUCCAGGUGGAUUUCAUUUAGUGGACCUUAAACUGAUUGUCUUUUAGAAAUGGUAUGAGCAAUCAUUCAUUAGUUACUACCACUGGUGUCACUUAGAAUAAGUUUGUUCUUAGGUUUGAGCUCAACUAUAAAGAGGGGUCAUUGUUAGCAAUUGAAGGUGAAAGAUUAUACAUUUCAGAGUGUCUGAAGAAAUUGUAGAAGUUUCAUCUCUUCUCUAAUGGUGGGGCACACUCAAACUUGGCUAAUGGUGAAUAUUCCAGAAAUGGAGAUGCAGUAAAUGACUCAAAAGAGCUCAACUAUAAAGAGGGGUCUCAAGAAGGUGGUGGAAUGGAAGAGACUGAUUUGCCUAUGUAAAAUGAUAUUUCUGUAUCUAGAGGAAGCCCACAAGCUGGAGGACAUGUUCCCUCAUCUGAGAAUCCAGGUGAAAGAUACUCUGUGUUCUGUAAAGAAGAUGAUAUAAAUGCUCUUGGGAAAGUGAUUUCUGAUCUAAAUGAUUGGUUGGAAGAACUUGAGGAAGACAUGAUUUUCUUGAGCACACCAUCAACUUACUCAGAAAUGGAGAUGAGAGACUUCAAACGAUUCAGCGGACAGCUUCAAUCUGCAAGAAUUAUGGAAAAUUGGGCCAUGAAGAAGAGAUCAAACUGUUUCUUGAGGCUUUAGGCCACUAGCAUUGUGAUGAUGCAGAUAUCAUUCCUAAGGAUCCAUAGGUGGGGUAGGGAGGACUUCAGGAUGCCCCUGGAGUAGCCUAGUGGAGCGUGCUGUAUUUAUUGUGUUUGUGG